CACUCUCUUUCAAUGGCCUCUUUCUAAUAAUCUCUCUAAUCUCUAUUGCUCUCUUUAUCCCUCCAUUCCUUCCUUCCUUCCUUCCUUCCUUCCUUCCUUCCUUCCUUCCUUCCUUCCUCCUUAUCUCUCUCAUUCUCUCCUCAUUCUCUCUUCUCUCCACAGUAUGUCACAUUCCCUUCCUCGUUCUAUCUCAAUCACUCCCUAUCUCUCCCUCCCCUCCUCCCUGUCUCCCUCUCUCCUUGUGAGUGUAGUGUGGGCAACCUGCCAGCUGGCGUGCAUGUUUUUUGAAUGAAUACCUGAUGAAGUUGGUGGAGGGAGGUGUGGGAGGAGCCGUGUGUGUGUGCUCUGCUCUCUUCUACGGAGCACACCCCUCUCCACCAGGACUCUGUUUGGGAUUUUCCGCUUCGUUCCGGGUGGAGGGAGAGAGAGAAAGAAAAAGAGUGUGAGAGAGAGAGGCACCCUCUAGGGCUUUUUGUAAGAGAGAAGGACAGUGUGAGCUAAGAAGAGAGAGAGGGAGAGUGAGAGGCAGAGAGAGAGUGAGAGAGAGAGUGACAGUGAGAGUCAGGCUGGUAGCAUGCAGCAGGAGAAGGCUACUCCAGAAGGCUACUCCAGACACACUGGUUCCCGCUGCCAUCCAGGAGGCUAGCUCUCAGAGGGAAAUGAUUCCGCAUGAAGUUGACGGACGGCUCUCUUCCUCUCUCCACGGAAACGGCAGGUGUGCCCCUCUCUGCUUCUCGCUGAGUCAGAGCCAGGCGCCCGACAGACGCUGAGCUACAGGACAGGACAGACCCCCUCCGUCCCUCUCUACUCCCUCCACCCUACCCCCUCUAACUUACCCCCUACUCCCUCUAACUUACCCCCUCCAACCUUCCAGUCCUCUGACCCCAGCCACCCACACAACCAGCAGGAGGGCCUAUUCUGUCAACGAGGAAAAGCCAAGAGACAGAGAGAGAGUGAGGGAGACAGCCGAAGACAGGAGUGAAAUAGAGAGUGAACGAGGGAAAGACCGAGAUAGGAACAGAAAGAGAAUUCUAAAGUGACAGUGUGAGAGAGACAAGCCAAGGCUAGUGUAUGUCACAGGAAGUUGAGAGAGAAAAGAUAACAGUAUGAAGUCCAACCAGGAGCGCAGCAACGAGUGUCUGCCCCCCAAGAAGAGAGAUUUCCCAGCCAGCACUGUGGACGAGAGGCCCCUGGUGAUGGCGCCUGCCAGUGAGAGCCAGCGCGGAGAGAACCUGGCAUGGCUGGCCAGCGUAGCCAGCGGGCACAACAGCGGGCACGAUAGAGACAGUGGCGGAGGUGGCCUCGAUGGCAGUAGAGGUGGGCAGCGUAUCAGCACUCCCAUUGAGUCUGACGGGCCACAGUACAAACCGCUAUGCUCCACCAUCACCACGCACACAGACUUCCUGGUCCCGUCCUCUAUCUGUUCCAUCUCCUCCUCCUCCUCUUCAUCACAUCAGUCCAGAGUGGUGACCACAUCCCUCCCUGCCAUGUACACCUCUACUUUGUCCCAACCAGGGGGGACGAUCCAGUACACCCAGCUGCCCCCCAACCUCCAGUUCAUCAGUUCCCCUUACACAGGCCCCUACGCUGGCUACAUCUCCUCCCAGCUCCUCUCUCCCCCUCCACCCACCUCCACAUCCCAACGCUCCCACCCUGACCCUGACCCCUACCCCAACACCACCAUCACCUCCCAGUCCCAGAUCUCUGGUUCCUCUCUGAGCGUGGCCCCCCAGACUGCUCCCUCGCCCCACGGUGGGACACACCACCUGCCCCUCCACCUGCACUCCCAUCCCCACCACACCCUGGCCCUCAGCGGGGGCUCCCAGGUGCUGGUCCAGUACACAGGCCCCGGCCCUGAGGGGCCCCUGACUAAGAGAGAGGAGGGCCGACCCAGGGAGUUGCACAAUGGAGAUCAGAGGGGCCGCUAUGAGAGAAAGGAAAGCAAAGGAACCCCCUCCUCUUCUUCCUCCUCUUCCUCUCAGUACCACCAACUCCACCAGCAGCAGAGCGCACAGCAUCACUAUGAGGCCUACACCUCCCAUGAUGCAUCAGGGCUAAGGACCUCUCUAAUGCUAGUGCCCAACAGCCGCGGAGGACCAGACAACCACAGCCCCGACAAACUACCGCCAUCCGCCGCCUCGCACACAGAGAAAGGCAGCAUCCUCCUGGGUAAACCUGUGUCCUGCACCCCCUCCUCCUCCUCCUCCACCUCCUCCACGUUCACCUUCCCCCCUCCGCUCAGUGUGGAGAGUCUGAAGGCGGCCUCCCUGUCCCCUCACACCCACACAGUCAUCCAGACCACACACAGCGCCAGCGACGCUUCGCCCCUCUCCCUGGGCCAACUCUCCACCAACACCAACUUCUACCAGGCUGGCCCCGGCGGGCAGCCCAUCAUCGGCUACCUGGCUGGGAGUGCAGGAGGGCAGCGGUACCACACCAGUCUGCCCCAGCACCUGCUCAUCCCAGGGGCCCCAGGGUCUCAACCUAUCAUCAUCCCCGUCAGUGGGGCCGGGGUCACCAGCCUGGAGGCUGGCCAUGCUGCCCACAUAGCCACUACAACCCAACCACAGUCCUUCCCCACCACGCUACCCCACACUUACGUCACCAACACUACCAACCCUAACCCCAACCCUAAAGAUGAGCAUCUAUUCGAGGUCCCGGCACCCUAUCCCCCUCUCUCCCACCCUGCCGGGGUUGGAGGUACUGUGGUCCAGGCCCAGCUACACCUCCCCGUGGUCCCAGCUCCCACGGCCCCCUCCUCAGCCCCCUCCUCAGCCCCGUCGCUGCCUUCCUACUUCAUCAAGGGCUCUAUCAUCCAGCUGGCGGACGGGGAGCUGAAGCGCGUGGAGGACCUGAAGAGUGAGGACUUCAUCCAGAGCGCUGAGAUCAGCAGCGAGCUUAAGAUAGACUCGUCCACCGUGGAACGCAUCGACGGCAGCCACACGUCCAACUUCGCCAUCGUACAGUUCUCCGUGGGCGAGCAUCGCGCUCAGGUGAGUGUGGAGGUGCUGCUGGAGUAUCCCUUCUUCGUAUUCGGCCAGGGCUGGUCAUCGUGCUGCCCGGACCGGACCACUCAGCUGUUAGAACUACCCUGCACCAAGCUCUCAGUGGGGGACGUCUGCAUCUCCCUCACCCUGAAGAACUUGAGGAACGGCUCCCUGAAGAAGACGCAGCAGACCCAGAACCAGGCUAUUGAGAUCACUACCAGCUGCAAUAUGGGCUCCAUCCACGGCCCGCUCAAAUCCUCCAGGUCAGCCAGACACGGGGAGCAAGAGAACGGGGUGGGCCAGAGGGGCUCCAGGAGUGGAUGUGGGAGAGUGGUGGUUGGAGCAGGUGGAGGUGUUCAGAUCGCCUCAGAGAAUGGGGAACUGAGGUUCGGCGCCGGGGGAGAGGCCAACUCGAAAGGAGGCCAGCCUAGAGAUUCAGAAUCCAGUUUUGGUGCCGCCAAGCCGGUGAGCCGCAAGAGGAGAUGGUCGGCCCCCGAGGGCCGUAAGGUGGAGAGGAGCGAGAAGGAGCCCCCGUUGACUCUGCCCAAACCUUCCUUUAUCACUCAGGAGGUAAAGAUCAGCAUCGAAGGCAGGUCAAAUAUAGGCAAGUAGUGAAGGCAGGAGAUUAAAACAAGACUGUUAAUUCAAAUAUGGGAUUGGAUGGAGAUUCAAAAAAGAAAAAGAAAGAAAGCCCACAUAAAAAAAUUAUUUUCGAUUUUUUCCUUGUUUUUAUUUUCUACCCGGAUUUCUGUACUGUAGGCAACAUUUUACCCAGUACUUACAUGUUAUCACCUUACAUUAAGUUAAGUUGGUAAUAACAUUGUAAUAGAUGCGUUCGGUAUUACGUAAACAAGCAACCGGUGCAAUUGUUUUGUUUUUUUUCCCACAAAUCUCUGGGCGAGGGGUUUUGUGAAGUUUAGUAGAUGUUUUAUUGGUGGUUUUGUGGCACACAAGAGCACUGCGUGAUACCUCUCUGGUCAUGUGAUGGCUGCAGGUGGACAAAUACAUCAAAUGAAUAAAACAUGUAGCUUAAAACAUUAGCUUUCCAAUAGCGGCUAGGGGCAUGACUAAACGGGUGUAAUGUAGACCCGUGAGUGAUGUCACUUCCUUUGUGAUGUCACUUCUUGAUACAGGCACUACUGACGAGAGUGUUCAGGAAGUCUGGACUUAAUCACUCUCGACGCCACCCAGUUGCCAUGGUGGCAGACUGAGUUGAUAUGAUGUCAUUUAUCCCAAGUGACUCAAGACGUCUUUAGAUAAGACAGUUCAAAAAGCGUCUGUAGCCAUUUUAAACCCUCAUGACUACACAUCUAAUCCUAAACAAGGGGUCACCGGAAGCCUCGAUACUCAUCCAUCUAGACCACUUAGCUAGGUGAUGUCAUCCGGCAGGCCAGUCCAGCCAGGUGAGGUCAUCGAGCGGCGCCAGUCCAGCCAGGUGAGGUCAUCGAGCGGCGCCAGUGUGCCUCUAGAAAGAGGAAACUCUUCCUUCCUUUGUGUUUUGCUGACACUGAUGUCUUUAUGUUAUUAUUUUUGUUUUUGAAACAUUUUUAUUUUAACUUUUUAAUUUAGUUUUUCUUGUCAAUUUUGACCUUUCAUCCUAUCUUGCCCAGUGAGUUGAUAAUGAUAUAUUUGAUGAUUGUCUAGAACUUUGAGAUCAGGGGUCACAUGUAUGUACGUAUAGUUUCAACCAAGGUGGUUAAGUUAAAUGUCUAUGUUAUUCCUUUAUACCCUAACAAUGCAUACAUUUGCAAUCACACUGGGUUGAAAUGAACUAUGAAAAUAGGACGAUGAUUAUACUCCAUCCUUUUACUUGGUGCAACCUUUUUAUUUGUAUUCUUAUGGAGAGAGAGGCAGAAAGAAAGAGGUUUUGUUACAAAUGGCACCCUAUUUCAAUAUAGUGCACUACUUUUGACCAAGGCCCUAUCUCUAUGAGCCCGGGUCAAAAGUAGUGCACUAUGUAGGGAAUAGGUUGCCAUUUGGGACUCUGUCAGAAAGUCAGUGUUGAGUCUUUAGAGAGGAGAGGGACAGGAAGUUGUGUUGAAGCACUUUCAUUUGCACACCUGUCACACUCACCAACUGAUGAAAACACAACUAUUAUUAUUAUUAUUGAUCUCUUCAUUAACACAGUACUGUAUGUUUUUGUUAUUUUGACUUAAGGAAGAAGUAGAACUCUGUGGCAGCAGCACUUUUGAACGAUGAAGGGGGUCAUGAUGGUGUCUUGGUGUCUUGGGGUCACAUUACCUUUGAAAGGGAUGAAUGUGACAUGUGAUGGAGUGAGUGCCAGUUAGGAGAGGGAGGGGAAGAGAGAAUAGGAAUAUAGAAGAAGGUAUAAUAUCAGAGAGUGCUUUUUGUUGAGGCACUUUACUCAAAUCAAAACAUGCUUUUCAAAAAAUGUACUUUUCGACACGUAACUGCCUUGUUAAGGAUAUCAAAGGUCAAUGAAAUCCAGAAGAAGAAUGGGUAAAGAAUGGGAAUAACUGUGGGAAUGUCCAGGUAUGUUGUGGACGAGAUUGAGAGACAGUUAUAGACGCUCUGGUCACAGAAUAUCUGAAGGGCGUCAUAUACAUAAUGUAUGUAUGCAAGUGUGCAUGAAUGCAGGUAUGUGUUAGUGCACACACACUCACAAGAGCACACACACUCACACGGACACACACACGGAAUACAGUACCCACACAGACAGGCACUCUCCUAAAGGAGAGGAUUGUAUGUAUUUCAUACUUGUUGAUAUACGUUUAGUAUGUAUACAAAUACUUUUGUGGCAUAGAUAUUUCCACUUGAUGAUAUAGAGAAGCCAAGAGAUUUGAGUAGCAGACGAAGAUGAUAGUUUGUCUCAGUGCUCUGUGCAGUGUGUGUUUGUUGGUGUGUGUGUGUGUGUGUGUACGUGUGUUUGGAUAUGUGUAUAGAAAUAUCAUAUAACUUAAUAUAAUAUAUCCAAUGUAAAAUGUCCAGUGUUUCUGUUUUUGGAGUUCUACUUAAGAGAAACUUGCAAUUUGCACAUCUGGAGAGGUAGUCAGUUGGGUGACAUUACUUUUUGACUGUGUUCAAAAUAUACUUUUCUCUAUAUAGUGCACUGGCCAAAAGUAGUGCACUAUAUAGGGAAUAGGAUGCCAUUUCAGACACAACUAUGUUUUCAGCUAGGUUGCACACACACACAGAACUGAAACCCCAUUUUACUGAAUUGUAGCAGUUAUUUAACAAGUGUGAUCCAUGCUGAUUGUCUCCAAUGCUCUCUGCUCUGCUCCUCAUUGGACCACACCUGUGGCAUGUCCAAGUCCCGCCCACUUGUUGCGUGUUUGGUUGAGAGACAUUGUGGAGACGGGGGCGGGGCCACCAGCAGGUACACCUGUUGAGCUCUCUGAUUGGCCGCGAUUUUCAGGUGUGUUUAGGUGGUAGAAGAUGUGGCAGAGAACUAGAAGUAUGUAGAAGUUGCUUCUAACUACUGCUCUAGGUUCAAAUGUUUAGUUCAUCCGGCUAAUGGUUAGUGUUAGGAGUGGGUGCAGGCCAGAGGAGGCUGGUGGGAUGAGCUAUAGGAGGACGGGUUCAUUGUAAUUGCUGGAAUAUUGGAACGGAGUCAAACAUGUGGUUUCCAUAUGUUUGAUACUGUUCCAUAUAUUUCAUUCCAUCCAUUCCAAUGAGCCCGUCCUCCUAUAUCUCCUCCCACCAGCCUCCUCUGGUGUAGGCUAAUCUGAUCCUAGAUCUGUGGUUAAGAACAACUCCUACGUGGACUGUGGUGAAAUAGGAGGAUGGAUGCGGGUGGUCGGCGUAGUGAUGGACGGAUGGAUGUGUGACUUGGAUGGAUGGAUGGAUGGAUAAAGACAGAUGGGUGAUGGUGAGUGAGUAUACACCCCGUAUAGGUUUGAAAAUGCUUUAUUUUUUAUAAUAAAACAGGGUUUCUCAGAUCAACACCACGGCAGUGCAUCUUCAUUUGUUCUUUUAUAACAUUGUUUUAUUAUGUCUUCUAAAGGUAGUUUAUGAAAAUGUGUGUGUGUGUGUGUGUGUGUGUAUGUGUGCGUGCGUGCGUGCGUGCGUGUGUGUGUGUAAGGACAGGAUGGGUAUAUUAAUGACUGUUCCUUCUAGAGCUUCACCAAACUGGGUAAAAUAGCAGGUAUUUUAACCAUUAGAUACAGAUGCCGUAUCUUAAUUUGAUCAUCUUGUUGUUGCAGGAGUAUCCCUGCACAGCAAGAAAUUCAAACUUGUAGUGUAUUCAAGGUUUAAAAAUGCUUCUUACGUUUGUAAUUUCCACUUUCAAAUUUCAGACUUGAUUUGCCCUGAUGAAACAUUUAUCAACCCCUAUAAAACAAUCUAUUAAUUAUAAUCUACAUAAAAAUUAUCAUUUGCUGCAGGAUGUUGCUGCAGGAUUAUUUUCCUGCUCUGUGAAACUGGCUCAAAUUAAUAUACGGAAUCUGUAUAUGGUUUUGCAUUCAUACACAUUGAACCAAAAUGAGACCCUGGUUGAGUUAAGUAUUGUUCUGACUGAUUUACCCCUCCUAAACUCUCAUUAUGGGAAAAUACAGCAAAACAAUGACACACACACCAUUCACCAAUCAAACCCUUUCAGGUAAUGUUUUCUAGUGCAAAUGCAUAGCAUCAUGGCAGUUGUGUGUGGGCUGCUUUCCAAUAGCAAUAGUCAGACAACAAGCAUACCUUAUAACCCAUUAGAGUGCUCCUCCUCUCAUACCUCCCUUUUAUGGCCCGCCACAGAUGGGGGGGGUGAAGCUGUGUUUCUAGAGAGCGCACUAGUUAAAAGCCUUUCCUCUCAUCUCUCUCUCUGGCUGGCUAUAACAUGUCAAUCGUUCCUCCUAGAAGCUCUCUGCAAUAAAAACCGUCUCCCUCAUUGUUAGAACCAAAAUAAAGAGCUGCUUCCACACACACACACAGACACACACACACACACACACACACACACACACACACACACACACACACACACACACACACACACACACACACACACACACACACACACACACACACACACACACACACACAUACACAGGCUCACAUACAGGCUCACAUACACCCUUCAAAGAAUUCAAUCAGCCGUUAACAUACCAGCCUAGUCAUUUCAGCAACUUUCAAUUCCUAUUAAGUUGUUGCAGUUGCACGGCCUGCCAUUCAAAAAAUUCAGGGAGAUUUUCACAUAUGCAGUGACAGACUGUCCAGUAAGGACUACAGUACCCAUGAUGCUACACCCACUAGUGACCUCUAACCUCUGACUCCUAGUUCAGGAAUUCAUGGCCAGCCAGCCUCUGUCAUACCCUCUCUAGAACCUCAGCAACCAGUUAGUUAGUUUACCCUCAGCAACCGCUAGCUACCUUCUAUCAAUGGCCUGGCCUUACAUGUGCAACUGCCUUUUUCUUCCCCCUAGCACAGUUUCCUUCUGCUCUCUAGUUCCCACACACACACUCACUUUUUAUUUUCUGUUGAGACAUAUUAGGUAACAGUGUUCAUGCUCCAGUGGGGAUGCUUGCGUGUUGAGAUGAGUGUUAUGUGAACCCAGAGAUUCACCACAGUUUGUUUUUCUUGUUUUAGGAGUAAACAAAAUAAACACACACACACACACACACAUACAGGAAUCCACAUUCACCCGAUCUGCAAUGUCUGCUUAGGUCAGCUUUACAAUCAAAGCAGUCAGGUUAGUUGGAGAGGUGAGAGGCGUAGUGGGCAUGACAGGUAGGUAGUAGAGGACAGGACUCAAAGUAAGGGGAAUGCAGUCAGGAGAUUUAGCCUAAUGUAUAAUACAAUAUAGUGGCUUGUUAUAAGGUUGUAUUCAAGUUGUACUAAAAUUGUGUGAGGUUAAAAUAAAGUAGUAUUUAGAUGGAGGGGACAGCAGAGCUUGUGGCAAUUACACAUUGUUAUUUUAAUUCUAUUUAGUGUUUUUUAUUUCUAGUUCAGGUAGUCCCAGUUCUUAUCUAUCAGGAUAAUGAUUCCCGUUGUCCUUGGAAUCAUACAGUAUGUGCAAUAGUUGUCUUUGUUUAUACUUUUUUCUCUCCCAUUGUUGUGCCAAGUGUAUGUAGCAUUGUCCCUGUCUGAUGUUUGUUAGCCAUGUACUGUACGUGUCUUUGUCCGUACUCCUUUACUGUGCCCCUAAAUUGUCUUCAAUUUCAUUUGCCUCACACUAGACCGAUUUCUAUAACUCAGGAAGGUUUAGUGCAGAGUGGGUGGAUAAGAAUGGAAAUUGAGUGAGCAUAUUGCCUGUGUGUCAAGCUGGCAGCAUACGCACGCCUACCGGUAUGUAGAAGUAUGUCUUUGACCUCAGUAAAUGGAAUGCUUUGUCAGUCACCGCUCCAGCUAGAAGUUCAUUUACAGUCUGACUGUCAAGAAGCUAGAUACACAAAACCAUUCUCCAUUCUGCAGUCCAGGAAAACUGUCAGUCAGAGAGAGUGAUGUAAGAUAGAGAAGAAGAAAAAUAGUAUUGAGUGAUAUUGAAAGACAGAGACAUGCGCCUGGCUAGGGAGAGGUGUACUGUGCUUGUCCUUGGAGAGCCAUUCUUGGGAUGUUUGUGGUUUUGUGAGGGAGAGGUUAAGGACAGGUGACAUGGUAGUACCAUGAUGUCAGUGGAAGAGGUAUGUAUGUAGUGUUGACAUAGAGAGUCUCUCUGCCCUGGGGCUGUUGGCUUUCAGGUGGAUUUACAAUGUUUAUCAGCCUCUGGUGAAGUAAGGGGACAUUCCUGUUCCCUUAGAAAGACUUGUGCUCUGUGUUAGUACUCCUGGCCUCUGUCCAGUUUCUACUGUGUGUUGUUCAUCUGCAUCAUGUCAAUGGCUGUGUGAGAGUGUGGAGAGACAUGUUUGCCUAAGGCUAGUUGCAUACAGGUAUGUGGAAAUAUGUGUGUACACUUUUUUGUUUAAACUUGAGAUAGGUUGUCCCCACCAGCCUUUCAUAAUGAUGUUGUUUAUUUUCUGUGUGCGUGUGUAUAUGUGCGUGUGUGUGUGCCUGCGUGUGCGUGUGUGUGGUGUUCUCUCCUAUGGACUUUGAGAUCACUAGCCCUAACCCUCAAUAAGGUCCAGAGAGAAAAGACAGAUGACAGAGUUAUUAUAACCUAAUAUAUUAGUGGGGACCACUUUUGUAAAACCAACCAAUAAAGAUGCACAUUUAAAGUAGCCGACUAACGGCGUAGACUUGAUACUGUUUCAGCACUUUCUAAACCCAGAGGAACGGUCUAGUCUAAACCCUCAUCUCAGACCAAGGCCUUUCCAGAGGUAUAACAUUCUAUAUAUAUAUAUAUAUAUAUAUAUAUAUAUCUAUAUAUAUAUAUAUAGAGAGAGAGAGAGAGAGAGAGAGAGAGAGAGAGAGAGAGAGAGAGAGAGAGAGAGAGAGAGAGAGAGAGAGAGAGAGAGAGAGAGAGAGAGAGAGAGAGAGAGAGAGAGAGAGAGAGAGAGAGAGAGAGACUCUAUUGGCUCCAUCCCGCCUAGCGUCCGGCACGUUCUUGGGUCCAACGUGUUAAGACGCUAGGCGGGUUUCCUGGUUCCACAGUAUAACCAGGAAGUAUUUUUCUCAUGGACGCACCCUCUUUUUUUGUGUUUGGUCCUAUUGUAUAAAAUACUUUUGCUUUCUUUAUUUACCUACCUUUUCGGAAUAGGACCUUUUCCUUGUCUUAGUCUCCUUUGUAGCACUCGACUCUGUCAGGAGACGUGAUUGGACGUCUGUUUGGGGAAUGUUUCAUGUGACUUUGUGACAAGCCUCCUCAUUGGAGGAGCACACACAGCUGACCUUGUUGUCUUUUUUUUAUUUGCUUAUUUACUUCUUGCACAAAUGACAAAUAUAAUGAAUGUUGGUGUGAGCUUCAGCGUUUUGAAAAGAAAAGGCAUGUGUUGUUGUUUUUAUUGUUUAUUGCCAUGUUGUUGUUUUAUUUUUGUUUAUUUUUUGGCAAAAAAAAAAGAGAAUGGUUUUGGCACCUUUUUGUGUUUAAACUGAACAGAAUUCAAUCAGGAUUCCUUUGUUGAAACUUGACUGUUGUUUGACGUCUUGUCAAUAAAUGUCCGUACCGCUGGAUAACCAACUCA